AUAGCGAUGAAUAACGCGGCGCGGAUAUUGCGGGAUUGAAGAGAUAUCGCGCUAUCGUUAUUUCUCGGCUCACCUGAACCAGAUUAAAAGUGUAUAAUCUUUUUAACGUUUCAUUGGCAGCUUGGUAUGAAUUUGCGUUCGUACGACGUGACUCACGCACGUCAAUUGCACUGCCGACGGUGAUUAGGUUAGGGAGAUUAGGUUAGAUUUCGCUGCUACUACAAGGACGGCAAUCGGCGAUGGCUAAUAAACAGUACGGUCUGAUCCUGCCGAAGAAGCAGGUCACAGCGCCGAAGCUCGGUAAUGUUUUCGGGGACGACAAUGCCUCCGACGAGGACGACGGCGGCACCGACUGGGUCAGGAAGGCCCUCAAGGCGGAGAGUGAGAAGAAUCGGAUGAAGAAGCAAACGAGGCUUGACAUGCAGAAGGCCCUGGACGAGGACCCGACGAUCUACCAGUACGACGAGGUGUACGAUGACUUGGAGCGUCAGAGUAAGGGCGGCCAGGUGGACGGCGCGAGCAAGCAGAAGGAGAAGAAGUCCAAGUACAUUCAAAAGCUCCUAAAGACGGCUGAUCGAAGGAAGAAGGAGCAGGAGCACAGGAUAGAGAGGAUGGUACAGAAGGAGCGUGAGGCUGAAGGCGAGAUGUACGCGGACAAGGAGAGCUUUGUCACCUCGGCGUACAGAGCAAAGUUGGAGGAGUUUAAGAAGAUGGAGGAAGAAGAGGCCAAAAUGAGUAGACUAGAGGCUAUCGGCGAUGUGACAAAGCAGCAGGACAUGUCGGGAUUCUAUCGCCAUUUAUACAGACAGACCAUCGACUACAAAGGUGAGACCGACGAGAACGAAAGUAAUAAGGUGAAAGAAGAAAGUACUGAGCAGAGAAAACGGAAAACUUCGACGAGCAGCACAAAUGGAGAAAGCGCAACGGCGAACGAAACGGAGGAGAGACAGAGAGCGAUCGCGACAAGGUCUAAAAAAUCGAGGCAGUACCGACAAAGAGCCAUAGAAACAUACGAAUCUGAUUCUGAAACGGAGACGAGUAGAGAGGAGCUAAAGAAAGAUCAGACCACUGUUGCUUCGUCAGCAGACAAGGAAGCUGAUGAAGUAGAGGUGCGCGAACCAGAGGAAAAGAAACAAAAAAUAAAUAGUAAAAGCAACGCGAUAGAAAGUAUUGUAGAUAACAAGGAUAAAGAUACAAUUGUAAAAAAUACCGAGAUAUCUCGAGAUGACGUUACUACAGAAAAUGAAGAAACAGUUGAGAAUAAGAAGUCUGUUGAAAAGAAAGACAGAUCUUCCAUUUGGGAAAAGAGAACAGUAGGUCCAGUGUUCGAGGCAGCGUUACAAAGAUAUUACGCGAGGAAGGCAAAGAGACUGGCUGCCACAAAUUAAAUAUAAUUAAAUUAUAAUUUUUUUAUAUAUAACACGUUAAUGUACUCUUCUCCACUUAACUUUUAUAUCAAUUAAUACUAACUUUAUUUUGGUGGUAAAAUUGUAUAAAAAAAGUAUGGUGUGAUCUCCAACUGUAAAAAUGUGUGUAAUAAUGAAAAUUAAGGAUAAAACUUAUUUUAUGAUAUUAGAAAAAUUCUGCAUAUAUUUAUAAAAAAAAUGCACAUACAUAUGAUCCAAAUGCUCGAACUAUGAGUAUUCGGAUUUAUUUAUAAUUUAAGUAGAUGUUACACAGCUGAGCUAAGAAAAAAUAUAUACACUCGGAUGAGAUAAUACUUUCUUAAA